CUGAUUGAGGUUCUCGUGCACGUCGCUGCUGUCAUAAACAUCUUUUGACAGGAGCAACAGGCCCCGCCCCCUCGGUGCAGGCAUGCCGGAGUGGUUUCCGGGCAGGUUUCCAGAGCUUCCUUCCUAAUUCCUGCCGUUGAUCCCCUAAAGAGGCUCAACGGCGAGCGAAUGCGGAUUUACCCCAAUGCCAGGAAUCUCAUCGACGACUCGUGCGUGCUGAUUGGCCCACGCUUUUACUCUGUGGGACGCAGGGUUGACCUCUCCAUGAGAUGGACACAAAGUGACCACUCGGCCGGAUCGCCAUCCAUCACCAUCGAACCCCCUCAGCAUCUCUCUGAAUCUGGCUCCACUGAGGGGGUCAACCCCCACUUCCUGCCAUUCUCACCACUUCCUGUCAGUUGACCAUCCUGGCCGACGCUUCAACGCACCCCCUGAAGUCUUCUGGUCCGCCUCACACUAAACCAUCAGCGACCACAACAACAUUUGGACUUGAAAAGCCGACGCCCAUUAUGACCUGCUGACCCCGCCCCCCUCCUCUCGUGCAAAAUGGCUGAUGGGCUGCCACCAUGGAUGCUGCCGUUGCUCCUGCUCACCUCCUGUUCCCCAUGCCGAGAGUCUGCCUGCGUCUCAUCCUUCCCACGAGACCUGGAGCCAAUCAACGUGGUCGAGCGGGAGCAGUCGCGCCACUACGCCAGAUUCCAAGGACUCCUGCAGGACAAUGACACGCGUCUAGACUUUCAGAGGAUGUUACGCGUCAACCGCAUGCUCUUCAUCACUGCCAGGGAUCACGUGUUUGCAGUCAACCUCUCGACGGCGGCGGAGGCGUUUGUCCCUCAGCUGAAGCUGACGUGGCGCUCCAAAGACGUGAGCAAGUGUGCGGUCCGAGGAAAGAAUAGCGACGAAUGUUACAACUACAUCAAAGUUUUGGUGGCGCGAGACGACGAGACGCUGUUUGCCUGUGGGACCAACGCCUUCAACCCCACCUGCCGGAACUACAAGAUGACCACGCUGGAGCAGGUGGGGUCGGAGAUGGUGGGCCAGGCUCGUUGUCCCUUUGAGUCGGGUCAGUCCAACGUGGGAUUGUUUGCUGGUGGAGACUUCUACUCGGCCACCAUGACUGACUUCCUUGCCAGUGACGCUGUCAUCUACCGGAGCCUCGGAGCUGGGCGGCCGGUCCUCAGGACGGUCAAGUACGACUCCAAGUGGCUCCGAGAGCCGCACUUUCUGCAUGCCAUCGACUACGGGAGCUACAUAUACUUCUUCCUGAGCGAGAUAGCCGUGGAGUACACCACCUUGGGGAAGGUUGUGUUCUCUCGGGUGGCGCGGGUGUGUAAGAACGAUAACGGCGGCUCUCCAAGAGUUCUGGACAAGUACUGGACUUCCUUUCUGAAGGCCCGUCUGAACUGUUCGGUCCCGGGAGAUUCUUUCUUCUACUUUGACGUGCUGCAGUCGCUCACCAACGUGCUGCAGAUCAACGGCAGGCCUGCUGUGGUCGGCGUCUUCACCACACAGGCCAACAGCAUCCCUGGCUCCGCGGUGUGUGCGUUCUACAUGGAUGAUGUUGAGAAGGUGUUCAACGGAAGGUUUAAGGAGCAGCGGAACAGUGACUCGUCGUGGACUACAGUCCCAGAUGAGCAGGUUCCCAGGCCCAGACCUGGUGUGUGUGCCGGCGACGGCCCGGCGGCCGACUACAAGUCUUCUGUUCAGUUCCCGGAUGAGACGUUGACUUUUAUCAAGUCGCACCCUCUGAUGGAUGAAGCCGUUCUCUCCGUCAACCAUCGGCCGUCUUUCACCAGGACGUCCAGCAGGUCCAAGCUGACCCAGAUUGUGGUGGACGCGGCGGCCGGCCCCUACAAGGAUCGGACCAUUAUGUUCCUGGGUUCCGAUGACGGGAGAGUCCUGAAGGUUUUGGCCGGCAUGCUUCCCAAUGACACCUUCGGAUCCAAACUUCUGGAGGACAUAGACGCCUACGACCCAUCCAGGUGUGACCUUCAGGACCAAGAGGACAGGAGGGUUCUGGGCCUGGAGCUGGACAAGGACCACCACGCCUUGUUUGUCGCCUUCACCAACUGCAUCAUCCGAGUGCCGCUCAGCCGCUGCAGCCGACAUGGCGCCUGCAAGAAGGGGUGUCUGACAUCUCGUGACCCGUACUGCAUCUGGUUGCGCACGGGGAGCUGCACUAACAUGGCGCCUGGUUUCAAGGCGGGGUUUGAACAGGACAUCGAGGGCGACCACUCGACUGCGGCCGCCUGCCACGCUGACAUCUUGGACACCUCGAGUGACCGGGAGUCGCCUGCAGACUCGGCAUACGGUGUCCAGCGUCUUCCUGACGUGGACCAGCGUUCAGCCGCUCACGUGCAUUACACGCUGCUGCUCGCCUGCGUGCUACUCGCCUUCUUCCUGGGCGCGAUCUUGUCCGCCUUUCUUGCGUCGUGCUACUGCGGCCGCAGCUCCACCCACCACGCCGGGAAGUUGUCCAAAGACCCGGAGGAGGUGCUGCCACACGCCUUGUCCCUGCGCUCCCUCGCCAAGCUGAGCGGCCUCCUGGACGGGCAGCCCAAGGAAGAAAAAAUUGACAUGUCCACGUGUCCAAAGAUGUACACCUCCUUCAUCCCCAACGGAGGCACAGAACCUCACCUCGCCACUGCCGCAAACCAGAACCUUCCUCUGGGAGAGGCCCGACUCAGCCUGUCCCAGGAGGAUGUCGAGCUGUCGAGUGUUCCCACGCCGGACCCCAGUCCAGAAUUCCCAAAGCAGACGAGUGAGGUCGGGCGGCAUCACCCGUGCGAGACGGCCUCAGACGCCACCAAGGCGGUGACGGGAAAGUCUCAACCCACCUACCUGCAAUGUCGCCAUGGCAACAGUCAUAGCGAGCAUGGCAAUGCUUGGAAUGAUGAGCAGGUCACAGGAGACGGCCAUCACUGCUACAAGUCGAGCCCCCAAGUACCCGUGGACGUGUCGGCGCUGGACGAGCUGCUCAAGCACAUCCACGAGGUCAGCGCCUCCGGAAGUGGAGGAAUCAAAGUCCUGACGUCCUCGUCAUCUUCCUCCAUGGGGCAUCAUCAUCAUCCUCAUGGCUUCAACCACAGCCAUCGCCAAGGCAACCAGCACCACGACACCAGCCAACAUCAUCAUCAUCAGCAGCGAAUCCCCGAGACGGAACAGACUUCGUACUACGGCGACUCCACGCCACUGUGGGACGGCCUCUCCAAACAACUGGACACGCCUACUCGAAACUCCGCCUCCUCUUCAGCCAGCAAGGCUGCAAUCCCGUCCUCGCGGUUCUUGGAGAUGCCCGGACACUUGCAGCGGCACGCUCUGGUAAAGAUGGGCAGCGGUGUGCCGCGUCACCACAGCUUCAACCAGCGGGGGGCACCACCAUUCCUCGCCAGGAUGAACACUAACAGCAGCAGUAACGGCCCCCCCGUCGCCAGCGCCUGUCUGACGCGACAACACAGCUACAGCGAAGGGCCGCAUGCCCAGCGGGCGGCCGUCGUGCGGCGGACGGUGUCCAUGAAACCCAAAGUCCCGCCCAAACCCUUGUUCCUUCCCAAUGUGGCCGCAUCGGCGCUCGCUGAGGCGACCAAGUCGAACUACUGACGCGAAACGAAGAAAGAAAAACGGCACCACGUGUUGCUCCCUUAGGACUCAUCAGGAUCAGGACGACGACAGGAACAUGAUGGACACCUCCAAAGGAGUAGCCCCUCCCACUCAGCAUCCCAUAACCGCCAGGCUGAGGGUUCACCAGAACUUCUUGUACCAUAUUGGUAUGUGUCACCUGACUAGGGGGUGGGGCAUCUUGCAAUAACACAGGCUAACAGCAGACGUUAGCAUGUUGCUGGAGACUUUCCUACUUUUGGAUUUCAAAUAAAGUUUUCAAACAAAAAGAGUCAAGUCAGUUUUAUUGAAACUUUUACACUGAAAUCCUGAAGAAGAAAAACAAUUACGCUUCCAUGGCAACAUUAAGGCAUCUCAAAUGGAAUACUUCCAGUAGUAC